AUGAUAUUAGUCCUUGUCCGGGACAAACCAACUAUCGAGUAUUGCUUGUCGGAAUUAUUCUGGGAACCUCGGAUCGACCUUCGGGGAACAACGACGGUGUCAUUUUCGGUCAACUAUGAUCGGGGGUGUCACACGGAUGAUCCUUUAAAACAAGUUGUGAGUGCUGCAUAUGGAGACAUCAACAAAUUAAAUAUCUCUACGAGCUCCUACACUGAUAGAGCUAUCCUCACUCCCCGAAAUGAGACAGUUGAUGAAAUCAAUGCGUACACAAUCUCCAACCCAGACGGAGAUUCGAGAGAUUACUACAGCUGCGAUAGCUUUGAAAUUUCCGAUACUCAAUCUGAUCAAAAUGAUGCUCUUUACGCGAUUGAGUAUCUCAAUGCUUUGGAGUUCUCAGGAUUGCCUUCUCACAAGCUCACUCUUAAAGUCGGGGCCCCAGUUAUGCUUCUGCGAAACAUAAACCAAACAAAAGGAUUAUGCAAUGGUACACGUAUGAUUCUAAACUACGUAGGCGAACGAGUGCUUAUGGCAGACAUAAUAACUGGCUCACACGCUGGACAAGAAGUUUUGAUCCCAAGGAUUGUUCUCCUGCAUGAUGACACAAAGCUACCAUUCACCUUACGUCGUAGGCAAUUCCCUAUCAGAUUGUGUUACGCAAUGACAAUCAACAAAAGUCAAGGACAAAGCUUAAAGGAGGUUCUUUUAUAUCUUCCUAAACCAGUCUUCGCGCAUGGGCAACUAUAUGUGGCCCUCUCACGUGUAACAAGCAAAUCAGGACUAACAAUCAUUAAAGCCGAAGACCAUCAUCCACAAAAGGUGAAGAACAUAGUAUACAAGGAGAUCUUCAAUCGUCUCCGCACCCAUGAAAGUAAGUAAAAUUCCAAAUCUAAAACCUAAUUCCAUACGUUUUCAGUUAUUACUUAUCUAAUUAUUCACAUGUUUAUCUUACUCAAUGUUCUAGCGAUCACCUUAAACGGCUAAAAGCUAAACUUCACCUUCAUGAUUGCUAUAUCACUACUUCAGGGUAUGUCAACUAACACUAUGAAAUAUAUAAGUUGAUGUACAUUAUCAAGAUAUGCUCACUGAUUGACCUCUAAAUGAUUUCAGGCUCUCAUUCAAAGAGAUCCCAUCACCUCUACACAACUUCUUUAUCGGAUGUUCACCAUUCUAUCUAUACUUUAAUACAUUCCAGCUCUUCUAUUGUUUUUUAAGUAAGAAUUUAAAUGAGAUUACUCGCAGACUUUUGUUAAUACAAGAUUUCCAAUCUCAAAGUUAUCAAGACUCAAGCAUUUUUCCGCGCGUAGCGCGGACGAAACAUCUAGUAAAUAUAAAUAUAUGAUGUGGAAUGUACGUAAUAGACAAACAUGUAUAUUUAUGCUUGAAAUCUGGAAGAGAAAGCAAAAAUGGCAACGGAAAUUAACUAACACCUACUUUUUCUUUUAAUCAAAGCUUAUCCGACCUUAAAAUUCCCAUAUUAAACAGAUACCGACAGAUUUGUGCCAAAACAAAACUAAAAUAUGUAAUAUGUAAUCAUCAGAAUGGUGAUUAACCCGGAUCUACUACCUCUACUGGUGAAGCUUUUUUGCCCUAAGGGUGCAAGUGUCAGAUCCGAGUCUCAACAGCU